AUGGCAGAUAAACAACAAAAACGAAAGGAAUAUAUGAAAACAUAUCGUGAAAGAAAUAGCAAAAAUAUUAAAGUUCAAAAUAGAUCAUAUUAUGCUGAAAAUCGUGAAGCCAUUUUGGAAAAAAAAUAUGAAAAUUAUAUAGAAAACCGGGAUGUGAUUUCAGAACAAAGAAGAGAAAGCCGAGAAAUCAUUUCAGCUGAAAAUCAUGCAUAUUAUUUAGAAAAUCGGGAUGAUAUAUUAGAUGAAAGACGCAGAAAUUAUGCCGAAAAUCGACAAGUCAUUAAUGAACGAAUCAAUAAUCGACGUGAAAGAACGUCAGAGAAACAUUUUAAAUCGGCUAUUUUUGGGUCUCCGAAUUUUGUUUAUCCAGUUGCUCAUCAUCUUGGUUCUUUGAAUAUUGAAUGUGAGCACUGCAAAGCGGUUCAUUUUAAAGAUGAAUUGAAAAGCACGUGCUGUCAUAACGGGAAACUGUCUCAUCUUUCUGUUCACAAUGGAUCUGAAAAUUUUCCGAUUGUAUUAAAAAACCUUUUCAUAGAAACUGAUGAAAAAAGUACAAACUUUCGCGAAUUUAUUCGACAAUAUAAUAAUGCGAGCGCUUUCGCAUCGAUGGGCGCUAAGAUUGAAGACAUUCCAGGAAAUGGACCAUAUUGUUUUAAAAUAUCCGGUGAAGUAUAUCAUUGUACUUCAGAAAAUAUCCAAAUUGAUACUACUUUAAAUCAAAAUUCCAUUCGAAGACUUACUCAUCAGCCAUCUUAUGCUGAAUUAUAUGUUUACGAUGCGGACACUUCUAUUGACAUUCGAAUGACAAAUCCCGCGAAUGCUCAAUGUCUUCGUGAUAAUAUGAUUACCAUAAAUGCAGUUUUAAAUAAUGUGUCUCCUUAUGCAAGUUGCUACCGUAAACUUCGGGAAAUUUAUGAAAAAGAGGUAUCUAACGCAAGAAUUAUCGGUUCUUUUAUGAAAAAGAUAUCUUUGAUUUUCACUCGCAACCUUCAUGAUGAUCAAAGGGUCUAUAAUGCACCUCGAACUUCAGAUGAUGUUGCUAUCAUAUAUGUAGCUGACCGUGAUGGUAAUAUUCCAGCUGAACUUGAUUUUGCAGUUCAGCCAAGUAAUUCAAAUACUCUAAAAAGGAUUAAUAUGCUUUCAAAGCAUCUUGAUCCUAUGAUUUUUCCACUUUUUUUUCCAAAUGGUGAUUUUGGAUGGACCACAAAUUUGUCAUAUAAUAUGGAUCAUGCUACUAAUACACGAAAUAAAGUAACGAUACUUGAAUUUUAUUCAAACAAAAUUGCAAUUCGUCGAAAUCAUUUUAAUCCUUUGUUUUAUGGCGGAAAGUUAUUUCAACAGUAUUUAGUUUAUGCGUAUGCCCGUUAUCAAGCAAACCGAAUGGCGUAUAUCAGAAAUAAUCAAAAGACUUUACGUGUGGAAUCCUAUAAAGGUUUAUUAGAUCAUGUUAAUAGCACCGGUCGAGAUAAUAAUGCCCGUGUUGGUAAUAUAUUUAUUCUUCCCUCAACAUAUGUUGGUGGUCCCCGUUUUAUGUCCAAAUUAUAUCAGGACAAUAUGGCGAUGGUUCUGAAAUUUGGCCGUCCUGAUUUAUUUAUUACUUUUACAUGUAAUCCUAAGUGGGAAGAAAUAAAAUCCGAACUUAUACCUUUUCAAACCUCAUCUGGUAGGCCAGAUUUAGUAACUCGAGUAUUUCGUUGGAAAUUAAAAGGAUUUUUAGAUGAUAUAGUUAAAAGAAAAAUUUUCGGAGAAAUUUUGGCAUACGUAUACGUUAUAGAGCAUCAAAAACGUGGUCUUCCACAUGCUCAUUGUUUAUUUACCCUUUCCAAUGAAGAUAAAAUUAAAACAGCAGACGAUGUUGAUAAUAUUAUCUCUGCCGAGUUACCAAAUCGAAAUGAACAACUCGAGUUAUAUAACAUAAUUUUAACGCAAAAUAUUCAUGGACCAUGUGGUCGAUUAAACCCUAAAUCACUUUGUAUGGUAGAAGGAUCUUGCUCCAAAAAUUUUCCUAAAGCCUUCUGCUCUGAAACUGAUGUAUCUACAGAUGGUUAUCCAAUUUAUAGACGCCGAAACAAUUCUCAUGAAGCUCAUUUCACACGUAGUAAUAUUCAAGUAGAUAAUCGUUUUGUUGUGCCAUAUAAUUCAUUUUUAAGUCUUAAAUAUAAUGCUCAUAUUAAUGUUGAACUAUGUUCAACUGUUAAGGCUAUCAAAUACAUUAACAAAUAUAUUACAAAGGGUUACGACUGUGCUCGAAUAGGCGUCCAAGUAAAUUCAAACGACAAUGUAGAAAAAGUUGUUGAUUAUGACGAAAUAAAACAAUAUUUAAAUUGUCGUUAUAUUAGUUCUCAAGAAGCAGCCUGGCAUCUUCAAGAUUUUCCUAUUCAUGGUCAAUCUCAUAAUAUGGUCAUGUUGUCUAUUCAUUUGGAAGAUGGCCAAUCCAUUUUUUGCAAAGAGAAUCAAGCUGAAACUGUUUUGCGACAAGAGUCAGUCGCAUGCACGACUUUAACUGCCUACUUUGAUUUAAAUGUUUCAGAUUUGGGUGCUCAUCAAUAUUUAUACCAAGAUAUUCCUAAUCAUUAUAUAUUUAAAAAUAAAAAAUGGGUUAAACAUUCAGCGUUGUCUCAUCACAAGGAAAAAGCAAUAGGUAGAAUUAUUUCUGUAUCUCCCAAAGAUGUAGAAUUGUAUCAUCUUCGCUUAAUUUUGCUCUCAGUGAAAGGUGCAGAGGCUACAUCUUUUGAAAAUCUCAACAAAUUUAAUGGACAAACCUAUUCGACAUACAAAGAAGCAGCGCGAGUUAGAGGUUUAAUUAACGAUUCUAACGAGUGGUAUAAUUGUACGUACGAAGCAUCAAGUUAUAUGAUGCCUAAAUCUUUACGAUCAUUAUUAGUUACAAUUAUUUGUCAUUGUAAUCCCGCAGAUCCUUUGGAACUUUUUGAAGAUUUCAAAGAAAAUAUGAUCGAAGAUUUCAUUCAA